AUGGUCACAUCUUCGUCAUACUUCAAGGAUUCCUUCAGCUUCCGCCCCGAGAGAUUCCUCGGAGAUCCAGAGUUUGCCACAGAUAACCGUGAUGCAUUCCAGCCAUUUCACAUCGGAGCUCGGAAUUGUUUGGAAGAUUUUGCUGACCCGAACAACUUAGCUUAUGUCGAAAUGCGACUUAUUUUGGCGCAUCUGGCUUGGAACUCUGACAUGGAGCUGGCGGAAGAAAGUCGUGGAUGGGCGGAGAAACAGAAGGUUUACAGCCUUUGGGAAAAAGGUCCUCUGAAGGUUCGCCUGAGCCCAGUCCAGAGAGUUUAA